AUGACAACUGACACUACAGAAGAAAACGAGAAUACCGUGGCAUUAUAUGUUAAAUAUAAAAGUGAAUUUGAAAAUGUUAUCCUUGAUACUCAGAAUAAAGAGGGUACAGAAAAUCCUGGAAGGAGAUGUGCUAAAAUCGACCAAAAUUAUACUAAUUUUACUACACCAUGCCAAGAGGUUGGUAGAUAUUUAAUUGAAAUAAAGGAAAAGUAUAAAUCCGAUAGAUUCAAACGUUGUAAAUACUUGAAGUACCGGAUAAAUUCAGACAAUAAAUAUAAUAAGAAUCCUGAAUGGUUUCAGAAAUAUAAUGAAUUUUCAUCCCAGUUAGGUAAUAUAUGUGAUGAAAAAUUCGAAGAAAUUCAAUCUAAUAUUUUAAAUAAACUUACAGAAUUAUAUAGUUAUUAUGAGGAUUUUAAUGAAUAUAAAGGUAAAGACAAGGAUACUAGUGGUAAUAUUUGUAAUAAAAUUAAAAAUCUUUAUAGACUUUAUAACGAUAAUUACAAAGAAUGUCAAGGAAAUAAUGAAAGUUUAUUUUGUAAGGAGCUAAACAAUUUUAAGAAAGCAUAUGAUGAUAAAAUGGAUAAAUUAUCUCCAUGCAAUGAUUUACCACAAACAUUACCACAAAUAGAACAAACUUCAACACAAAUAUUACCACCUACAGAAGUAGAUUAUGUAUUUGUUCCUAUUUUAACAACGUCUAUUGUAUUACUAAUGUCUUUCACUAUAUUUUUUUUAUAUAAGUUUAGUCCACUGAAAUCGUGGAUAUAUACUCGUUUACAAAGGAAAAAAUUUAUUGAACUUAACAAAUUUCAAGAAGAAUCCAGUGAAUCCUUACAAAACCUUAAUGAAGAAGUAAAUAGAAGUUAUGAAAAAAGUUAUCAUAAUAUAACUUAUCAACCUCAAGGAGACACUUGA